AUGAAGAGACAUAAACCAAGUACCAGAGGAAAAGUUCAACCUGGCACAUCAUCCUCUGACGGAAGAGGGCCAAAGUUGCCAAAAAUCCAAAUGCCAGAAGAUUUCAAAAUACGGACCCGGCCAUUAUUCUCAUUGCCUGAGGAAGUCCUCAAGUUACCACCGCCCACUUCGAAAGCAGCUAAAAUACAGGCUGCGAAAGCUGGUGGUCCCAGUGGGCCUAGGAGGAGAUCAAGUGUAAUGCAAAGCUUUACGGCGAUGAGGAAAGCCCGUGAAGAGUUCCGUGCUAAAUUGAUGAAUCUGAUCUGCCAGUCACCUCCCGGGGAAGAUGGCGACACGAUUCCGACUGGCGAGGAGAAGAAUAUGCUGCGAUAUUACUAUUAUUUGCGCUAUGGCAUUGACACCAUACACGUUGCGCCUUUGGAUAAUAAAAUAAUAUUGCGAGUACACAAUUUGAUAUCGAUGAAGCUGAAGAAGUGGAAGGAUACUCUUUUUACGUGCACGGAUGAAAUGCGCGAAGAUUUUAUGAUGAGUAUGAAGAAAGCUAUCGUGGACUUCGUGCUGAAAGAUCCCAACACGGAGGAAUCAUUAGAAGAAGAAGACACGCCGCUCAAACAAGAGCUCGCGAAGAAAGACGAUGCUUGGAGAAAUAGAUACGCAUUGGCGAGAAAAUUCCUCACCAAGAACCUGCACAGCGUCAACCCUUGCAUCGCGCAGGUGUUGCAGGUCUGGUUCAAGCAGUUCAAUGAUCUGAGAUUGAUCAGCAUGAAAGAUAUAAUGCAAAGCAAUGAAGCUUACGAGUUGCAGGACUUCUGUUUCGUCUGCAAACGACACAUCGACGCGGCCGGCAACGUGCUCUCUAUGCAGUGGAUACCUACCCUACAAGCUAUAUUUCUUCAGGGAAGCAAAAAGCGACAAAUACCAGAAUCGAAGCAAGUGUCCAAGAUGAAGCAUUUCUACAACUGCCUAGCAUGUAUAAUGACUUACAAUCUUCAAACUUUGUGUUUGAAAUCUAUGAAAGAAUUUACAGAGUAUAUUAUGGAUGUAGGUGCAACAAACCAAGGUUUUGUGGUGAACUUGACCUUUGCGAACGACGCUAUAGAAUUUGAACCCUCAUUCAAGCAGUUCAAAGACCAGAUAUGCCUGUUGUAUGAUUUCUUGAUCGACUCUUGUCGACAAUGCCCACGCUUGGAGAUCAUGCUGUAUCAGGAUUAUGUCAUUACUACUAAGUCUAGAUUGAAGCCAAUAAUAGACAAUGAACUCGUGGACAACUACAAGAAAAUGGUGUCUGAUUUAAUAAGCGAACAAAGGAUUGGGCCUGAACUGCGGGUCCAAGAUUUUGAUGAUUUCGUUUGUUUGCUCAAUGGAGAAUCGCAAGCGAAAGUAGAGAAAUUCCUGAACGCCGAGCCAGAGAAAACUUUCGAGGAAUACUGCGCGGAAGCCGUCAAAUAUGUGGAGCUCGCCAGGGACAUACCGUCCAAGCUGGAGGGGACCAUCGUCAUCGGAAUGUUUCGGAUGCAAAGAGGAGACCUGAUAGUGUCUCUCAGGGGGGCCGCCACGCGAAUGGCCAAUACUCUGCUGAGGAGAAUGACGGAGGAUUACCAGAAUCAGAUAAAAGCGAUCUUCGACGAGUACACCCACAUAGCGACCACACUGCUGACUCCGCCGCCUGACACGGCCGCACUGAUGGAGCUGAUCGACUACUGCAAGAAGGCCGAGGAUGUGUUGAUCACAGAUAUGGAAGACAAGCUGAGGAACGUCAUGAAAUACAUCAUGUUCCUGGGAGACUACACCACUUUCACACCGCUCGAGAUGAAGGCCAACAAUCAGACAUUCCAUUGGUAUGCACGUCUUCCAGGAGUAAUAGAAGAAAGUAAAGUAAUAUGUGAUCAAAAGAAGAUCGAAUAUCAAGAGCUUCUCAAGGUUCGCAUUGCUAAGUUUAUCGACGACUUGGAUGUUUAUGAGACACAAUGCAAUGAAGUCCAAUAUUGGGGAGAGAUCAAUGAGCUACCUAAGUACGUGACACGGGCGCGGCAUUUGGAUGAGAAACUAGCGAAUGCUUUAGCAAGAAUAGAUCAGUUUAACGAAGAGGAGACUUCUUUUGGCUGGGAAUUGUCACAGUAUCCGAAACGAAAGGCCGUAUAUGAUCGUCUAGUGCCAUUCAAGAAACUGUUUGACGCUGGAUAUGAUUUCUUAGAGAAACAUCAUACUUGGAUGACAUCUAAGGUUGGCAGUUUUGACCCUGAAGACAUUGAAGGAGAUGUUGGCUAUUACUACAAAAUCGUUUACAAACUUGAGAAGCAGUUUCAAGAGGUGCCUGAUACGUAUCGUCUUGCAUGUUCUGUCAGAGAAAAAAUGGACGACUUUAAGACACACAUGCCAAUUAUACAGACUUUGGGCAAUCCUGGUAUGAAGCCUCGUCAUUGGGAGAAAAUAUCAGAAAUUGUUGGGUUCCCUAUUGUAGUAGACGAAGAACUUUCAUUGGAAAAGGUCAUUGACUUCAAUUUGGUGGAUUAUAUCGAGAAGUUCGAGAGCAUAUCAGAGGCCGCUACUAAAGAAAAUAAUCUAGAGAAAUCGUUGGACAAGAUGAUGAAAGAAUGGGCCGACCUCAGAUUCGAUAUUUUACCUUACAAGGACACUGGCACCUACAUUCUUUCGAGUGUGGAUGAAAUUCAACUACUGCUAGAUGAUCAUAUUGUCAAAACGCAAACAAUGAAGAACUCUCCUUACAUAAAGCCAUUUGAAGAAAUCAUCAUUGACUGGGAAGGCAAGUUGAUACUGCUUCAGGAGAUUCUAGACGAAUGGCUGAAGGUCCAAGCCACUUGGAUGUAUCUGGAACCGAUCUUCUCGUCUCCAGAUAUUCAACAACAGAUACCUGAAGAAGGUCGCCGGUUUAGCGCGGUAGACAAGAUGUGGCGGGAAAUCAUGAAAGCAGCUUUCACGGAGCCGCGUGUCCUCGACGUGAUAAUGAUAGAGAAGAUGCUGGAUCGUUUGAAGAAAUCCAAUAAUCUGCUGGAGAUGGUACAGCGCGGGCUCAAUGCCUACCUGGAGAAGAAGCGGCUGUACUUCCCGAGGUUCUUCUUCUUGUCCAACGACGAGCUGCUCGAGAUCCUGUCCGAAACCAAAGACCCCAUGCGCGUACAGCCACAUCUCAAGAAGUGCUUCGAAGGCAUCGCGAAGUUGACCUUCACUGGUGAAAUGGUGGUCACCCACAUGAGGUCGUCGGAAGGAGAGGUCGUGCUGCUCACUAUGACCAUCAAUACUGUUGCUGCGAGGGGACAGGUCGAAAAAUGGCUUUUAGAGUUGGAAAAGUCAAUGAAAUCAUCGGUGCACCAUGAGGUAGCUCUGUCAUACGAUGAUUACACACAAAUACCGAGAGAAAAGUGGGUGUUGGUGUGGCCCGGACAAGCGGUGCAAUGUAUAGCAAUGACUUUCUGGACUUCGGAAGUAACCGAGGCUAUCCACAUCAGUUUAGUUGCGAUGAGAGCCUACUGGGACAAAUGUAACUUCCAGAUUUCCAAGAUUGUCGACUUAGUGAGAGGAGAACUUAGUUUGCAAAACAGAAUAACAUUAGGUGCCUUAGUGGUGUUAGAUGUACACGCGAGAGAUGUUCUCAUGUUGUUGAUAGAGUGUGGCGUUCAGCAUGACAAUGAUUUCAAUUGGUUGUCACAGAUACGAUAUUAUUGGGAGUUACAAGAAGAAGACAACAGCAUGCAGAUAGCCACACGCAUGAUCAACUCUCAGCUCAUGUACGGCUAUGAAUACCUCGGGAACACAGGGCGAUUGGUAGUCACGCCGCUUACUGAUCGCUGCUUCAGGACGCUCUUCGGCGCGUUGCAUCUCAAUUUGGGAGGUGCCCCAGAAGGGCCGGCCGGCACGGGCAAGACAGAGACCACCAAGGACUUGGCCAAGGCUGUUGCCAAGCAGUGUGUUGUGUUCAACUGCUCCGACGGUCUCGAUUAUAUUGCUCUUGGAAAGUUCUUCAAGGGUCUAGCUUCCUGCGGAGCGUGGUCUUGCUUUGACGAGUUUAACCGUAUCGACCUUGAAGUGCUGUCUGUAGUGGCCCAGCAGAUCCUCUCCAUCCAGCGAGGAAUCAACUCCGGCUCCACGGAGCUGUUGUUCGAAGGCACUCUCCUGCAGCUGGACAAGUCUUGUGCCGUUUUCAUCACUAUGAACCCGGGUUACGCUGGACGGUCGGAGCUGCCCGACAAUCUGAAGGCACUCUUCCGUUCCGUGGCCAUGAUGGUACCGGAUUACGUGUUGAUCUCCGAGAUAGAACUGUACGCCUUUGGUUACCUGAAUGCGAAGCCAUUGGCUGUGAAGAUCGUCGCCACGUACAGGCUUUGUUCGGAACAGCUGUCAUCGCAGAGUCAUUACGAUUAUGGUAUGCGAGCGGUAAAGUCCGUACUCCGUGCGGCCGGAGCGCUCAAGUUGCGCUACCCUGACGAAGAUGAAGACGUCAUACUGCUGCGGUCCAUCAAGGAUGUUAACUUGCCCAAGUUCUUGGAGCAUGACGUGCCGUUGUUCAUGGGUAUCAUCGGCGACUUGUUCCCUGGUCUGCCCUUGCCUGAAGCUGGCUUGCCGCACUUGGUGGCGUGUCUGAUUGAAGUAUGCGUUCCGUUGAAUUUGCAACCCAAUGACUUCUUUAUUGAAAAGGUUCUUCAGCUAUACGAGAUGAUCCUCGUACGACACGGCCUCAUGUUGGUAGGAUUUCCGUUCUCUGGGAAAACAAAAUGCUACCAUGCUCUUGGCCAUGCUUUGGGGCUUGUGUCUGAAAAGGGUCUCAUGGACGAGAACGCAGUAGAGUGGACGGUUAUAAAUCCAAAGUCAAUCACCAUGGGCCAGCUGUACGGGCAGUUCGACCCGGUGUCGCACGAGUGGUCUGACGGUAUCCUCGCUGUAAGCUAUCGAGCCUUCGCCGUCUCUACCAAUGAUAACAGAAAAUGGUUAGUAUUCGACGGGCCUGUGGACGCCAUAUGGAUCGAGAAUCUGAACACAGUGCUGGAUGACAACAAGAAACUGUGCCUCAUGAGUGGCGAGAUCAUCCAGCUGGCACCCACUACUAAUUUGGUGUUCGAGCCUAUGGAUUUAGAGGCUGCCUCACCGGCUACUGUGUCGCGCUGCGGCAUGAUUUACAUGGAGCCCAAGGGUCUGGGCUGGAAAUGCCUGUUGGAAUCAUGGUUGAACACGUUGCCUCCGACCUUCCACAAUGUGAACAAGAACCUCAUACGGACGCUAUUCAACAGGUUCAUGCCACCUCUGCUGUGGCUCAUUGAACUGUCUGGGAAGGCAAAGCAAAUGUAUGUAACAUCACGUAGUAACCUGGUGGUUGCUUGUAUGAAUUUGUAUGACACCUUUAUGGAUGAUUUCUACGACGAAAAGUACGUCGAGGCGAUAUCGGAUCUCGAUAUGAGAGCACAGUUAGAGGGCGUAUUUUUCUUUUCAUGCAUUUGGUCCAUCGGAGCAACAUUGGAAGCGGAUAGUCGGCCAAAAUUCGAUAUGUUGUUCAGAGGAUUAUUAGAAAAAGAGUUCCCGGAAAAGGUCAUUGAAGCUUUGGGAUAUCCAAAAGAAAUUGGGAAGCCCGAAAAACAGUACAUAUUUGCUAUACCCAAGGAUGGGAUGGUUUACGACUACCGAUUCAUAAAAGAGGGCAAAGGCAAGUGGAAACAAUGGAAUGAUGAUGUGGUAUCAGCACCGCCAAUCAGUCGAGAUACUCCCCCUAACCAGAUUCUGGUAACAACCUUGGACAGUGUGCGAUACCUGGCGUUGUUCAAGCUGCUGGUCACCCAUCACAAGGCGGUCAUGAUGGUCGGACCCACCGGGACUGGGAAAUCUUCGUAUAUUAUCGAUUACUUAGUGAAGCGAGUCGACACAAAAGUAUACAAAGCUUUAAUAAUGGCAUUCUCCGCACAAACAAAUUGCAACCAAACUCAAGAUAUCAUUAUGGGAAAGCUUGACAAGAGAAGGAAAGGCGUGUUCGGCCCGCCAAUCGGCUGCUACAGCGUAGUCUUCGUAGACGACGUGAGCAUGCCUCAGGCGGAGACGUACGGCGCGCAGCCUCCCAUCGAGGUGCUGAGGCAAGGCAUCGACCUCGGACUGUGGUACGACCGCAAGACCAACGUCGCUAUGCAUCUCAUUGAUGUUCAGUUCAUGUGUGCCAUGGGCAAACCGACUCCGGGUGCAAAAUUGGUGACUCCGAGGUUCUCACGGCAUUUCUCUUUCUUUUGCAUUGACGAGUUUGAUGAUGAUACUUUGCGGACUAUCUUUGGAAGAAUUAUGUUGUGGCAUCUUGAUACCAGAGGAUUUUCCAAGGAUUUUGAUCCGUGCAUCGAGGAAAUCGUGGCAGGUACACUGGAAGUGUACAAACAAUGCAGACUAAAUUUACUGCCAACACCCUCCAAGUCGCACUAUACCUUCAAUUUACGAGAUUUUUCAAGAGUAAUUUUGGGCGUGCUUUUGUCAGUACCAGAGGUGACGCCCGAUCUCCAAUCGAUUAAAAGAUUGUGGGUCCACGAAUGCUUGCGAGUAUUUUCUGAUCGCCUGGUGGAGGAGGCCGAUAGACAGUGGCUAGUCCAGUGUAUCAGGGAAGCAACGGCUCAGUAUGUCAAUGACGACUUUGAUAAGAUGCUUUCACGUCUUCUCACCGGGCCGAAGGAUAAGAUAACAGAUUUGCAUUUACGUAAUCUGAUUUACUGUGACUUUGCAAAUCCUAAAGUGGACACCCGCUUUUACAUGGAGACUGUGAAUAUGGAACAUUUGAAUGCUACAGUUGACGCAUUCCUCGUAGAGUUCAACAACAUGUCCAAGAAACCCAUGAACCUUGUACUCUUUAGAUUUGCAAUCGAGCAUGUGUCCCGUAUCUGUCGCGUGCUGACGCAGCCCCGCUCGCACGCUUUGCUUGUGGGGCUCGGAGGUUCGGGAAGGCAGUCGCUGACACGACUCGCCGCCCACAUCAACGAGUACGACCUUUUCCAGGUAGAAAUGUCGCGAACUUACGGCAAAAAUGAAUGGCGUGAAGAUUUAAAGACUCUUCUUAGGAAAUCCAGCACACCUGAUUUGCAUAUGGUGUUCUUGUUUAUUGAAUCACAGAUAAAAGAAGAAGGAUUCUUAGAAGAUGUAAAUAACAUGUUGAAUUCCGGUGAAGUACCAAAUAUAUUCGGUGCUGAUGAAAAGGCUGAACUGUGCGAGAAAAUGAGAGUUAUAGACAGACAACGCGACAAGUCGCUUCAAACAGAUGGCAGUCCUACGGCGCUGUAUGCGUAUUUCGUCUCCAUAGUGCGUGAUCAGCUUCACAUCGUGCUGGCCAUGUCGCCAGCCGGCACCUCGCUCAGGACACGUAUCCGCAAGUUUCCGUCUUUGGUCAACUGUUGCACCAUUGAUUGGUUCCAGGAAUGGCCUCCAGACGCCCUUCUAGCUGUAGCAACACGUUUCUUGAAAGACGUGGAGCUGACAGAGCUAGAACGGGAGACGGCUAUCAAACUGUGUCAGGUCUUCCACACGGACACGCAGGAGUUGACCAGAGCAUUCCUCUUGAGGUUAAAGAGAUACAACUACGUGACGCCAACAGCUUACCUAGAGCUGAUCAAUAUGUUCAAGGCAUUGCUUGGAAAGAAACGCACGGAAUUGCUGACUGGCGAAAAACGCUACAUUACCGGCUUGGAUCAACUCGCCAUUGCCGCUAAAUCAGUGGCCGCUCUCCAAAUAGCACUCGAGAUCUUACAGCCGAAGCUGGCGGCCGGCGCUGCAGCCGUGGCAGUGACUACGGCCAAAGUGGAGAAAGAAAAAGAAGGAGUCGCCUUGGUCGAGGCUGAAGUGCUUGCGGAUCAGGCUGCGGCUGAAGAGCAAGCAGCAGCAGCCCAAGCCAUCAAAGACGAGUGCGACGCGGACUUGGCUGAAGCCAUGCCAAUCCUCAAUUCUGCUUUGGCAGCUCUCGACACCCUCACUCCGCAGGAUAUCACCUUCAUCAAGACUAUGAAGAGUCCACCAAGAGGCAUCAAGCUGGUCAUGGAGGCUAUCUGUAUAUUGAAGGAAAUGAAACCAGACAAGAUUCCUAACCCAUCCGGAGUGGGUACAAUCGAAGACUAUUGGGGUCCGUCGAAGAAAUUGCUGAACGACAUCAAAUUCCUGGAGGGGUUGCAGAAUUAUGACAAGGAUAACAUUCCUCCGGCCGUGAUGAAGAAGCUACAAGCAACCGUGAUGCAAGAUGAAGGAUUUGUGCCGGAGAAGAUUCGGGCGGUGUCAGUCGCCGCAGAGGGUAUGUGCAAAUGGGUGAUUGCGAUGACAAAAUACGACAAAGUGGCCAAAGUUGUAGCUCCCAAGAAGGAGCGUCUCGCCGCUGCGCAAGCUGUCUACGAUAAAGCCAUGUCUGCAUUAGCCGUGAAGCAAGCACAGCUCAGAGAAGUACAAUUGAAACUGAAAGGUUUAGAAGAUGCGUUGGCAGAGCAGAGUCGUCAACAAAAGAUGUUGGAUGAUGAAGUACUGGACUGCAGCAACAAACUCAAGAGAGCAGAGAUGUUGAUUUCAGGACUUGGCGGAGAAAAGACAAGGUGGACACAGAUUGCGAAAGAUUUACGGGAAACUUACAAUUCAUUAACAGGUGAUAUUUUGAUUGCGGCCGGUGUCAUCGCGUACCUUGGACCCUUUACGGCUAUAUUUAGGUUUGAUCAAAUAAAAAAGUGGGCCCGAGCUUGCCACGACUGCGGCAUCGUGUGCACGCUGAAUUUCAGCAUCAUCACGGUGCUGGGCGAGCCCGUCACCAUUCAGGAUUGGAACAUCAACGGACUGCCCGCGGAUGACUUUAGUGUUGAGAGCGCAAUUAUCAUCAAGACUGCUCGUCGAUGGCCACUGAUGAUAGAUCCCCAAGGUCAGGCCAAUCGCUGGAUAAAGAACAUGGAGAAACCAAACAACCUGUGUAUUGUGCGCAUGACCCAGGCCGACCUGGGCAGAGUGCUGGAGAACGCUGUGCAGUUUGGCCAGCCGGUAUUAUUGGAAAACGUUCUCGAAGAAUUGGAUCCCAUGUUGGAGCCGUUACUUCAGCAACAGACUUUCCGUCAAGGCGGUGCUCUUUGUAUCAAGAUUGGUGACACCAUUGUUGAGUACAACAAAGAGUUCAAAUUGUACAUCAGCACGAAGUUGGCAAAUCCUCACUAUCUGCCCGAAGUUGGCGUUCGUGUGACGCUGGUGAAUUUCAUGCUAGCUAAAGAUGGUCUAGAAGCACAACUGUUAGCCCGUGUUGUGGCUCGCGAAAGACCAGACUUGCAGCAGGCUAAGGCUGACUUGACCACGCAAGGAGCUGAACACAGGCGGCUUCUACAGGAUAUAGAGAAGAAGAUUCUUAAUGUAUUGUCUACUUCAGAACAUCUGUUAGAAGAUGAAGAGGCAGUGCAGAUUCUGAACUCUGCCAAAGAUACGGCAAAUGAAAUCAAGGAAAAGCAAGUAGUGGCUUUAGUUACUGAGAAAGCGAUCGACACGGCGCGAGAUGAUUACGUCCCAAUCGCUGUACAUUCUACAAACCUGUUCUUCUUAAUUGCGUCAUUGGCUAACAUCGAUCCUAUGUACCAGUAUUCCCUAGGCUGGUUUGAAGGCCUAUUCACGGCUGCUAUAGACAACACGGAAAAGGUGGAGGAAAUUCCAGAGCGACUCGCCAUACUGCGGGCUUACUUUACAUACUCGCUGUAUGCAAACAUUUGCAGGAGUUUGUUUGAGAAGGAUAAAAUGGUGUUUUCUUUGCUACUAACGAUCACAAUAAUGGUUGCGGAAGGUCGUCUGAACCAAAGUGACGUACUGUUUCUCCUGGGAGGAGCGCGGCCGCACCAUGUGCCGCCCAAUCCUGUCGCAUUCCUCAGUCCCCAGGCCUGGUCGGAGUUCAAUGGGUUGAAUGAAUACGAAAAGUUCCAGGGCAUAGUUGAGCACUUCACUCAAAACUUGCCCCUGUGGGAGGCAUACUGCGACACUGUCGAUCCCCACAAUCAGCCACUUCCAGAUCCAUAUCAUGCCAAGUUAAAUUCUUUCGAGAAAAUGAUGGUGCUUCGCUGUCUUCGACUGGAUAUGAUGGUGCCAGCAGUACAAAACUUCGUAGAAGAACAAAUGGGCCGUCCGUUUGUGGAGCCGCCCCUGUUCGACUUGGCAUCUUCGUAUGCGGACUCGCACUGCUGUGUCCCGCUGCUCUUCGUGCUAACUCCCGGUUCAGAUCCUAUGGGCACACUGCUAAAAUUUGCCGAUGAUCAGGGUUUCGGCGCAUCUCGGCUGUUCUCUCUAUCCCUGGGUCAAGGUCAGGGUCCAAUAGCGGUGAAGUUGAUAGACGAGGGUGUGCGCAGCGGUACGUGGGUGGUGCUUCAAAAUUGCCAUCUGGCCAAGAGUUGGAUGCCGAUGCUUGAAAAGAUUUGCGAAGGCUUGACGCCAGACUCGACGCAUCCAGAUUUCCGUCUUUGGCUAACGUCGUACCCGGCGGAUCACUUCCCCGUAUAUGUUUUGCAAAAUGGCGUUAAGAUGACCAAUGAACCGCCACAGGGUCUGCGCGCAAACAUAGCGCGUUCUUACCAAAGUGAUCCGAUCAACGACGCCGAGUGGUUUGAAGGCAACAAGCAGCCGGAGAUUUUCAAGAAGCUAUUAUUUGCACUUUGUUUCUUCCACGCCGUUGUGCAGGAGCGAAGACAGUUUGGUCCCCUGGGGUGGAACAUCAGAUAUGAGUUCAAUGAGACGGAUCUGAGGAUAUCUGUGACGCAGCUGUACAUGUUCCUUAAUGAAUAUGACGACGUACAAUUUGUGGCCCUGCGGUAUCUGACUGGAGAAUGUAACUACGGCGGACGAGUCACCGACGACUGGGACCGGCGCUGUCUCAAUACUAUCCUCUUCAAGUUUUACAACCCCAAAGCCAUUUACGAUGAGAAGUACACGUUAGAUCCUACAGGCGUGUACUACAUUCCAACCCUGCGCGAGCAUGGCGACUUCAUAGCGUUCGCGAGGUCCCUGCCCGUGGCCACGCCACCCGGGGUGUUCGGGUUCCACCCCAACGCGGACAUCACCAAGCAUUUCAGGGAAUCAGAGGAACUGCUCAAUACUGCUAUACUUACCCAGGAUACAAUGUCCGCCGGCGGCGCGGGCGCCACUCCCGAGCAACAAGCCAUGGAGAUCGCCGAAGACAUUCUGCGACGGCUUCCGAACAAGAUCCUCUCCGGGCCUUCACACGAGGGCGAUAUAAAGCCGGCUGAUAUGACGCCAAUGUCCAUAGUUGUCAUACAGGAGGCAGCCAGAUACGAUCGACUCGUCAACAUAGUGAGGAGCAGCUCUAGGGCUGUCAUUGGUGCUGUACAGGGCGUGAGCGUGUUGAACGACAUCACGGAGGAGGUGCUGACGAGCAUGGUGCGCGGGCGCAUCCCCGCGCUGUGGGCCGGCAAGAGCUACCCGUCGCUCAAACCGCUCGCUGCUUACUUCAAUGAUUUGCUAGCACGAUUACAAUUCUUGCAGCAUUGGCAUCAGCACGGCCCUCCCAUAGUGUUCUGGCUGUCGGGCUUCUACUUCCCGCAGGCGUUCCUCACGGCCGCGCAGCAGAGCUACGCCAGAAAGUACAAGAUUCCCAUCGAUCAGCUUGCCUUUCACUACGAGGUGCAACGCGAGUGGGACUUCACAGAGGUGCCACCGGAAGGAGUAUACAUUAGGGGUCUGUUCAUGGAAGGUGCCCGCUGGAACAACGAGAUUUACUGCAUUGAUGAGUCUUACCCCAAGAUAUUGUAUGAUGAGUUCCCGCCGGUGUGGUUGAUCCCACUGAAGCGAGAAGACAUACCACAGGACGUGUUUUACAAUUGCCCGCUAUACAAGACAGGCGACCGUCGCGGCGUGCUAUCCACCACUGGCCACUCCACUAACUACAUUCUGUUCAUGCGUCUACCCACCAAAGAGGAGCCGGACCAUUGGAUCAUGAGAGGAGUAGCGUUGCUAACGCAGCUUCCGUUCUAACCGACAGUAUUAAAAAUUCCCUGCCCGCGUUUGUGUUCCAAGAAAUGCAACUUAGGAUUUUUAUGGAAUUAGUGGAUAGGCAUUGUUUGAGCCUGUGUGUGCCACCUUACAUCUUUUUGUUACAAGACGGAAAACCGCCGCGGCUCCCGCACUCAACCGCUAACCACUCUGUUUAUGCGACUAUCUACCAAUGAGGAGCAAGACAAUAAGAGCUUAGAGCUUUUUUUCCAAUAAGAGCUUUCUAUUGAUUUAGAUAUUUAAAUAAUUAAUAAAUUUUAUAAUAUGAGCCGCUGUGGCUCAUCGGCUGUGCGCUCUGUGAUACAGUCACGGGUUUGUAUCCUGGCCAGGGCAUGAUAAGAAAAGAACUCUUUCUGAUUGAUUGUCUUACUUCUACUUACAAAAAAGAACUUUAUCCUUUUAUUUAAAAUAAUUUAUUUUAACCUUAAAUCUAGUCAAAUGUUAACUUUAUAAUUUAUUU